CUUAUAACAUAUUUCAUUUUUCGUCGCGUCGCUCUAUUUUUGCGCCUACCAGUUUUCUAGCUGGUUUACCAGACGCUCGUGGAUGUCUUUAUACCGGGACGGAAAAGCCGCGGCACCUCAGGUGUCCAUCGUCCGCCGUGCAAGAUAUCCGUCACCAUGGAGGAAGACGAGCAAAAGAUGGCUGUAAUGCGAAAGGCAUUCCAAAUGUUUGAUACGACGAAAAGCGGUUUCAUCGACACGCUGAAGAUUUCAACGAUAUUGAACACGAUGGGCCAACUGUUCGACGACUCUGAUUUGAACGCUUUGAUCGCGGAGAACGAUCCAGAAGGUAUCGGGAAGGUGAAUUUUGAUGGGUUCUGCAGAAUCGCUGGUCGAUUCCUGGAGGAAGAAGACGCCGAGGCGAUGCAAGAGGAAUUGAAAGAGGCCUUUCGUUUAUACGAUCGUGAAGGAAACGGAUACAUCACAACGGCUACUUUGAAGGAGAUUCUUGCUGCUCUCGAUGAUAAACUCACUAGUGCGGAUUUAGAUGGUAUAAUCGCUGAAAUUGAUACCGAUGGAUCGGGCACAGUUGACUUCGAUGAAUUCAUGGAGAUGAUGACUGGGGAAUAAUUAUUGAUUUGAAGCAACUGGCAGAGCGACGUCGAAGACAAUACAUUUAAAAUAUCGUUUUGAUAUUUUUUUGUUGUUACUAGAGAAAAAUUUGUUUAAUAAAACGAUGAUAUAAA